AUGUCCUCUUCUACGAAGUCCACCGUGCUAUUGUCUCUCCGCCGCUUGGAUGUCUCCGGUGAAACAAGNAAACCGCGUGAUGGCUUUGGUCGGCUUUCGAUCCCAGCCAUGGCAAAUCGCGUACCCUCAGAUCCGGUGAUGUAUAAGCUCUCUACGGUUGGAGCCUCUGGAUCGGAAGCCCCGAACUUACCGAUGACGGUGGAUCUCUCCUGCAUGUCGACGUCGCUAGGCUUUCCGAGCCUGCCUCCACCAAAACCGUCGGAUCCACCAGAAUUAGUCUCGGCCUCUCCGAGCUCUACCUCAAAGCUUCACCAUCACCGCGACCUCGCUGCUCAUCACCACCAUCGACGGGUUCUACCCUCAACCCUUCAUCCUUGGCCGAGAUCUCAUGCUCCUCCUCCGUCAUUUGGACUUAAAUCCGUCACACCUUUCGUAACAGUGGUCCUCAGGAUCUCCGGGCUCACCGAUGACAAAGCUCCUCCUCCGAGCUUUAUAUCCUCCCCCUACCGACGCUGGAAUUUUGAGCCAGUAUCCCUCGAAGCCCAAGCAGGACUUAAACCCGACACACCCAAUCGAGUGGUGGUGGUCCCAGAGGCGACUGAACAUUCCAAUGACCGGAUUGCUCCUCCUCCGACAUGUAGGUGGGGCUUUCAUCUCAUUUCUAUUGUUGGGCCGAAAUGA